UCUCCAAACACAGUGUUUGCAGUGUUUACCUGGAUAUUUCAUUUCUAAACACCAUCCUGAACCUACAAGCAUCUCUCGCUAUUUGCUGUGACUCGACGAACGCUUUGGAAAAAUAUCGACAGCUAAACAAGUGUAACAGCGACUCUUCAGUGUUUCUGAGCCCAAAUGGACCCAACAUUUGUCUCAGAAAAUCUGGAAUCUUGGCCAGUGCAGACUAGCGCUGCUGAUAUGAAACAGCAGCAGGAAGCUAACAAGAUUGCUGGAAGUGAAACGGUGCAAGAAUUAAAAGAUGCACUCCAUUUUGCCACUCAGGAGUUGAAGACUGCAAAGGAGGAAAAUGCAUCUUUGAAGGAGAAGAUUGCCGUCCUUGAAGAUGCUCACAAAAUGGAAGUGAGUAGCCUCCAAGAAGAGCUCAAACUCAAGGAUGAGGCGCUUCAAAGAUCUGUGAAGAAAAGAAGAGCUCAAACCAAAGCCUGGGUAGAACUCCUCCAUGAAUCGACCAUGAAAGACAUGGAGAUAAACACCAGGGAACAACACUGGAGCAGCAAGUGGCAAUCAACCGAGAAGAGCCUGAAAGAGGAGAAGAAGAAAGUGGAGGAGCUCCAAAUUAAGAACAAGCAUCUGAUGGAGAACUUACAGGAAAAUCUGGACGAAUGGAAGAACGUCCUUCAGGAGCUUGCACCUGACGCUGACCACCAGGAAGAAACCCUGGAAACAAAUUCCCAAGAGGAAAAACUGGAAAACCACGAGGGAGAAGAGGAGGGAACGGACAAACCAAGAAAGGACAAGAAAAAGCAGGAAGAAAAGGAGGAAAAGCAGGAGACAAAAGAGGACAUCGAAGAAAACCUUGAGGGAAAAAGUGACGAGAAGAUGGAAGAUAAAAGAGCAACUGAAGAUCUAAACCCAAACCUCUGCCUGGUUCCCAUCCCUCUCACUCCCUCCGACUCUUGUCCUUUACCCCCUGUCUCUACACCCCAACUCAACCCCUCUACCUCCUCCCUACCUUACCCACCCUCUCGUGCUCUUUCCUACUCUUCACCCAGCUCUUAUUCUUUACGCAACACCCUCAGUCUCCACACCUUCCCCAAUCCUCCCAACCUUACUCGAUCUCUCGUGCUCCCUCCUACUAUUUACCCUUGUUUUCCAAACCUGUGCAGCCCAUAA